AGAGAGAGAGAGAGAGAGAGAAUAGGCAGUGGAAACACGGCAUAGUGACACAAGGGCGAAAGUGGAGAGCGAGACAGUUUUCCGUAAAAGGCGUUAGCUCAGCUAGUGUAAUGUAGUGAACAUUAUUCCGCUAGAGAACGACGGGGCGGCCCCUGUUUUAGAAACUCAUUUUCCUCCCAUUCGGGGCUAACGCGAUAGCCUACUAGAAUAGAACAGAGUUUUAGAUUACUACAUUGAUUGCCUACGGUCCUGUCUGGAGCGGAGCUUUAGCGCUCUAACUAAUAGACAACACUAGAAUAGAUCAGAGGAAACCAGGACAGCUCGAGCGCCAAGAUGCCCCUGGCACAAUUGCCAGAUCCCUGGCAGAAGAUGGCACUGGGGCGGGCGGCAAGCGAGGAUGCCCAUCGGCAUGUUCUGGAGGAUUCUAUUGGAGAGGAUGAUUCUAUGUCCUGUAACGAGGACGAGACUGUCAAUGAGAUCAACAUCACCAACCAUACCAAGGAGGGGUCAGAGAAGGGUGACCCUCGACAGUUCGAGCUCCGCAAGGUCCUAGGACAAGGCUCCUUCGGAAAGGUGUUCCUGGUCAAGAAGACUACAGGUCCAGAUACAGGACAGCUCUACGCCAUGAAGGUUCUGAAGAAAGCCACACUGAAAGUGCGUGACAGGGUGAGGACUAAGAUGGAGAGAGACAUUUUGGUGGAGGUCAACCAUCCCUUCAUCGUUAAACUGCACUAUGCGUUCCAAACAGAAGGGAAACUCUACCUCAUCCUGGACUUCCUACGAGGAGGAGACCUCUUCACACGACUGUCUAAAGAGGUGAUGUUCACAGAGGAGGAUGUGAAGUUCUACCUGGCAGAGUUGGCCCUGGCACUGGACCACCUUCACAGCCUGGGCAUCAUCUACAGAGACCUCAAACCAGAGAACAUUCUGCUAGACGAGGAGGGACACAUCAAGCUGACAGACUUCGGCCUCAGUAAGGAGUCUAUAGACCAUGAGAACAAGGCCUAUUCGUUCUGUGGGACGGUGGAGUACAUGGCUCCGGAGGUGGUCAACAGGAGGGGCCACACCACCAGUGCUGAUUGGUGGUCCUACGGCGUGCUCAUGUUUGAGAUGCUGACCGGAACGCUACCAUUCCAGGGGAAAGACCGCAAGGAGACCAUGAACAUGAUCCUCAAGGCUAAGUUGGGGAUGCCACAGUUUCUGAGUCCAGAAGCCCAGAGUCUCCUGAGGAACCUUUUCAAACGCAACCCUACUAACAGGCUAGGAGCCGGCCCAGACGGAGUGGAAGAGAUCAAGAGACACCACUUCUACUGCACCGUAGACUGGAACAAACUGUUCCGUAGAGAGCUCCACCCUCCCUUCAAACCUGCUACGGGACGACCUGACGACACCUUCUAUUUCGACCCAGAGUUCACUGCUAAAACACCCAAAGAUUCCCCAGGGGUUCCACCCAGUGCCAAUGCCCACCAGCUGUUCCGAGGAUUCAGUUUCGUAGCCAUAACAACAGAAGAAGAGGCACAACCACUACAGGCUACAAUAGUAAAGCAGCUGCACAGAAAUGUGUCUCAGUUUUCUGAAGCAUAUGAAAUGAAGGAGGAUAUAGGACUGGGAUCAUACUCUGUCUGCAAACGCUGCAUACACAAGACCACUGGCAUGGAGUACGCAGUCAAGAUCAUCAGUAAGGCUAAGAGAGAUCCAACGGAGGAGGUGGAGAUUCUACUGAGAUACGGACAACAUCCCAACGUCAUCACACUGAAGGACGUGUUUGAUGAUGGCAGGACAGUGUAUCUUGUCACAGAGCUGAUGAAGGGAGGAGAGCUGCUGGAUAAGAUACUGAGACAGAAGUUCUUCUCAGAGAGAGAAGCUAGUGCUGUCCUAUACACCAUCACCAAGACUGUUGAAUACCUACACGUACAGGGGGUGGUGCACAGGGACCUGAAGCCCAGUAAUAUCCUGUAUGUGGAUGAGAGUGGGAACGCUGAGUCCAUCAGGAUCUGUGACUUUGGUUUUGCCAAGCAGCUGAGAGCUGAGAACGGCCUGCUGAUGACGCCGUGCUACACAGCUAACUUUGUAGCUCCAGAGGUGUUGAAGAAGCAGGGUUAUGAUGCUGCCUGUGACAUCUGGAGUCUGGGAGUCCUACUCUACACCAUGCUGACAGGGUUCACUCCAUUUGCCAAUGGUCUAGAGGACACUCCAGAGGAGAUCCUGGCUCGGAUCGGUACCGGGAAGUUCUCUCUGACCGGAGGGUACUGGAAUUCUGUCUCAGCCGAGGCCAAGGAGCUGGUGUCUAAGAUGUUACACGUGGACCCCCACCAGCGUUUGACGGCUGGCCAGGUGUUGCGUCAUCCCUGGGUCACACAACGCGACCAGCUGCCCAAAUUCACACUCACCAGACAGGAUGCUCCACACCUGGUCAAGGGCGCCAUGGCAGCAACCUACUCUGCCCUCAACAGGAACGUUCCACCUGUCCUGGACCCUGUGGGAUGUUCCACUCUGGCCCAACGGAGGGGGGUGAAGAAACUCACAUCCACUGCUCUCUGACCUUUAACCUUUCACCUCGGACUUAUAACCUUGCUGGAGGUCUGUUCAGACAGAUGGGCAGACCUGGUCCCUCAGGUGACCUGGACAGAACUCUGAUGCACCUGGGACCCCUCUGACCCUUCUCUGUUAGGAACUAACCCAGUGGUUUCCCCCCUGGUGCCAGAGAUACAGAGUAUGCAGGCUUUAGAACCAGUUAGGGCUAGAACUACAGCCUGUAGCUCUGUUGGACCAGGGCUGGUGGUGACCACUAACAUUGUAUCGUCUCUCCAGUCUUUGCUUUGUACAAUCAGCGUUGCCUCUAGAUACUCAAGAGACACGUGUCAGGAACAUGAAUGUGCUGUAUAUAGAUGUAUGUGUGUAUGUACUUCUGGGAACAUUUGAGAGAUACCUGCAUAUGCAUUUAAGACCCAAUUUAUGAUGAACUGUAUAACUGUAGCUCUGUGUGUAAACCUUAAGUAGCCUCUUUAGUGACCGAGUCAUUACAGGGACAAAACUAGUGAUGUCAUCAGAGUGAGAGCAAAUGGGACCACUGACGAUGCCCCCUAUAUUGAGACAAGCUCCUCCCAGUCAGCCACAACAUCCAAUCAGAGUGACGGGAUUGAGGUCCAAUCAUGGCUUUGGUUAGGCCAGUCUGGGUACCGCCUACCCUGUCCACACCAACUCAGCUCUACAGACACUAAAGUAAACAUUAUCCUGGACCAGUGUUAAGCGGUGGUUAGCUGGGCAACGAGUCUGUGGCUUGCCCAGUGUGCAUGUUGCUGCCUUAUACAGUGUCCUCUGUAAUUAUUAUUUUGUCUUCUAUUGGCUCUAUACUCAAUAAGUUUGGAUUUAAAAUCAAACAAUGACUGAGGUGAAAGUGAAGACUGUCAGCUUUCAUUUGAGAGUAUUUCCAUCCUUAUCCAGGUGAACUGUUUAGAAAUUAGAGCCAUUUUGUAUUGAGACAAAUUCACUUGUGUAUUUUUUAAGUAUUUGGUCCCAUAUUCAUAGCACACCUACAUCAAGGUUGUGACUCUACAAAUUUGUUGGAUGGAUUUGCUGUUUGUUUUGGUUUUGUUUCAGAUUAUUUUGUGCCCAAUAGAAAAUAAUGUUAAAGAAUGUAUUGGGUCAUUUUGGAGGGACUUUUAUUGUAAAUAAUAAUAGAACGUUUCUGAACACUUCUACAUUAAUGUGGAUGCUACCAAUAUUACAGAUUAUCAUGAAUGUAUCGUGAGUAAUGAUGAGUGAGAAAGUCACAGAUGCAAAAAUAUCAUACCCACAAGACAUGCUAACCUCCCCUGUUAUUGUAAUGGUGAGAGGUUAGCAUGUUAUAUUCAUAUUUACAAUAAAAGUCCCUCCAAAAUGACCCAAUACAUUCUUUAGCAUUAAUUUAUAUUGGGCACAAAAUCAUCUGAAACAAAACCAAAACAAACAACAAAUGUAUCCAACAAAUGUGUAGAGUCACAACCUUGAUGUAGGCAUUGCGUGCUAGGAAUAUGGGACCAAAUACUUAACUUCGACUACUUUAAUACACACAAGUGAAUUUGUCCCAAUACUAUAUACAAAAGGUACUGUCAGUUCUAAACGGUUCAACCGAUAGGGAUGAAAAUACCCUCUAAAUAAGGCAACAGUCUGCACUUUAACCUCAUGGUCAUAUUUCCCAAUAAUCCCGGAGGACACUGUAUUUCCUGGUUCCGAGGAGCAUUUGAAUGGAUGAAGCUGUGAAGAGACUGAGUCUGGCACUGAACUGAACUGUCAAUACUGUACUAGUACAGCACCUCAGGGUUCUGGGAGAUGAAAUACAAUGCAUUUUAGAAAUCCAUUAACUAAGUCAUGUAAGCACACAGGUGGGGGUGGGAGAAGCCCUUGGAUGUAGAAAUAUGUGGCUGGAACAGACAUUAUAUUUUCUGAUGAAUUUAACCUGCUGUCUGGAAUGAUAUGACAGUUGUGGAGGUAAUCCAGUAUGUUACUGUCUGGAAUGAUAUGACAGUUGUGGAGGUAAUCCAGUAUGUUACUGUCUGGAAUGAUAUGACAGUUGUGGAGGUAAUCCAGUAUGUUACUGUCUGGAAUGAUAUGACAGUUGUGGAGGUAAUCCAGUAUGUUACUGUCUGGAAUGAUAUGACAGUUCUGGAGGUAAUCCAGUAUGUUACUGUCUGGAAUGAUAUGACAGUUGUGGAGGUAAUCCAGUAUGUUACUGUCUGGAAUGAUAUGACAGUUGUGGAGGUAAUCCAGUAUGUUACUGUCUGGAAUGAUAUGACAGUUGUGGAGGUAAUCCAGUAUGUUACUGUCUGGAAUGAUAUGACAGUUCUGGAGGUAAUCCAGUAUGUUACUGUCUGGAAUGAUAUGACAGUUGUGGAGGUAAUCCAGUAUGUUACUGUCUGGAAUGAUAUGACAGUUGUGGAGGUAAUCCAGUAUGUUACUGUCUGGAAUGAUAUGACAGUUGUAGAGGUAAUCCAGUAUGUUACUGUCUGGAAUGAUAUGACAGUUGUGGAGGUAAUCCAGUAUGUUACUGUCUGGAAUGAUAUGACAGUUGUGGAGGUAAUCCAGUAUGUUACUGUCUGGAAUGAUAUGACAGUUGUGGAGGUAAUCCAGUAUGUUACUGUCUGGAAUGAUAUGACAGUUGUGGAGGUAAUCCAGUAUGUUACUGUCUGGAAUGAUAUGACAGUUGUGGAAGUAAUCCAGUAUGUUACUGUCUGGAAUGAUAUGACAGUUGUGGAGGUAAUCCAGUAUGUUACUGUCUGGAAUGAUGACAGUUGUGGAGGUAAUCCAGUAUGUUACUGUCUGGAAUGAUAUGACAGUUGUGGAGGUAAUCCAGUAUGUUACUGUCUGGAAUGAUAUGACAGUUGUGGAGGUAAUCCAGUAUGUUACUGUCUGGGCCUGCUGGCACAUGCUGACUUCUUGUCAAUCCCUUUAAAGCGCUGUCUGUCUAAUAGAAUGAAGAAAACUGUAGCUAUCAAUGAAUUGUAGCGGUAUUAUUGAACUCAUGAUCUGAUUCUGGAUCAGUAGUGAACUUCUACCUAUUCAAUUUCUCUCCCGCUGCUCUUCUGGAUGUGUUGUAACACACACGGUCUUUGAGUUUCUGAUUGACUGUUAAGUGUUUAGCUGUAAGGUUGUGUGUUUGAGCAGUUUGUAUGUUGUUUUGAGAGUAGAUGAGAUGCAUUGCUUCUCUCUUUGGGACGGUUUCCUAGACACAGAUUGAACCUUGUCCUGGACUUAAAAGCAAUUUCAAUGGAGAAUCGGUCCAAGACUAGGCACAAUCUAUGUCCGGGAAACCAGCCUUUUCUGUCCCAGUCUCUUUCCUCUGUCCCUGUGGAGAUACAGUGUCCUUCCAUCCAUCCUGCUGCUACCGUCUCCUCUCUCUGGUUUUGUAUCUCAGUGGAGUCACAGUAGGACUUUGUAUUGAACAUAAUAAACAAGCCUUCAGUACACGA